AUGGGGAACUGGGCUGUGAAUGAGGGGCUUUCCAUCUUUGUCAUUCUGGUAUGGCUGGGGAUGAAUGCCUUCCUCUUUGCCUAUUACUACCACUAUUACGAUACUGAUAAGAGGUUCUUCUAUACUCGAAAGCUUCUUGGGUCAGCACUGGCAUUGGCUCGGGCCCCUGCAGCCUGCCUGAAUUUCAACUGCAUGCUGAUUCUGCUGCCGGUCUGUCGAAAUCUGCUCUCCUUCCUCAGGGGCUCCAGUGCGUGCUGCUCAACAAGAAUUCGAAGACAAUUGGACAGGAACCUCACCUUUCAUAAAAUGGUGGCCUGGAUGAUUGCACUCCACACUGCUAUUCACACCAUUGCACAUCUAUUUAAUGUGGAGUGGUGUGUGAAUGCCCGUGUCAAUGAUUCUGAUCCUUAUUCAAUAGCACUCUCUAACAUUGGAGAUAAGCCCAAUGAAGAGUAUCUCAACUUUGCUCGCCAGAGAAUCAAGAACCCUGAAGGAGGUCUGUAUGUGGCUGUGACUCUGUUGGCAGGCAUCACUGGAAUUGUCAUCACACUGUGCCUCAUAUUAAUUAUAACCUCCUCUACUAAAACCAUUCGAAGAUCGUACUUUGAAGUGUUUUGGUACACACACCAUCUCUUUGUGAUCUUCUUCAUUGGUCUCGCCAUUCACGGAGCUCAACGAGUUGUACGUGGACAGACUCCAAAGAGUUUGCGGGAGCAUGAUCCAGAGAAGUGUUACCCGUAUAUCUCAGAGUGGGGGAAAAGAGCAAAUUGCUCAAUUCCGGAAUUCCGUGGGAACCCUCCUAUGACUUGGAAAUGGAUAGUGGGUCCCAUGUUCCUGUAUCUCUGUGAGAGGUUGGUCCGGUUUUGGCGAUCUCAACAGAAGGUGGUCAUCACCAAGGUGGUCACGCACCCUUUCAAAACUAUUGAGCUACAGAUGAAGAAGAAGGGAUUCAAGAUGGAGGUGGGACAAUACAUUUUUGUCAAGUGCCCCAAGGUGUCCAGGCUGGAGUGGCAUCCCUUCACACUGACAUCUGCCCCUGAGGAAGACUUCUUUAGCAUUCAUAUCCGCAUCGUUGGGGAUUGGACGGAGGGGCUGUUCAAUGCAUGUGGAUGUGAUAAGCAGGAGUUUCAAGAUGCCUGGAAACUACCUAAGAUAGCAGUUGAUGGACCUUUUGGCACAGCCAGUGAAGAUGUGUUCAGCUAUGAGGUGGUGAUGUUAGUGGGAGCAGGGAUUGGGGUCACGCCUUUCGCAUCCAUUCUCAAGUCAGUCUGGUACAAAUACUGCAACAAUGCCACCAAUCUGAGGCUUAAAAAGAUCUACUUCUACUGGCUGUGUCGUGACACGCAUGCCUUUGAGUGGUUUGCAGACCUGCUGCAGCUACUGGAGACUCAGAUGCAGGAAAGGGACAAUGCUGGUUUCCUCAGCUACAACAUCUACCUUACUGGCUGGGAUGAAUCUCAGGCCAACCACUUUGCCGUGCACCAUGAUGAGGAGAAAGAUGUGAUCACAGGCCUGAAACAAAAGACCUUGUAUGGUCGUCCCAACUGGGAUAAUGAGUUCAAGACAAUUGCAAGUCAGCACCCAAAUACAAGAAUAGGAGUUUUCCUCUGUGGACCUGAAGCUUUGGCCCAAACCCUCAGUAAACAGAGCAUCUCCAACUCGGAGUCUGGCCCUCGGGGAGUGCAUUUCAUUUUCAACAAGGAAAACUUCUAA